AUGAAAUCCUCAGUGCUGCUCGCUAUGCUUUUGGGGCUGGCUUCGGCCGAUCCUACGCCAGCGGCCGAGCCACAAAUCCAGCUCAAGGCGCCUUGGAAUCUCCGGACCAUCUCUCAUCGGGAGAAACCCAGGUUUGCCUCUGUUAAUGUGCUUCGCAACUUCAAGUACUACUAUCAAUCGUGGACCAGCGGCGACACAUACUACGCGUAUGUUAUCGACUCGGGGGUCCGCAUCUCACACAAGGAGUUUGAGGGUCGUGCUGAGAAUCUUUGGACAGCGUACAAGACCAGCGAAGGCAAGAACGACUUUGAAGACAAGAACGGCCAUGGCACCCAUGUUGCUGGGAUCGUUGCUGCCAAGACGUAUGGCGUGGCCAAGACUGCCAAGGUGAUCGCCGUCAGAGUCCUCGACGAGAAAGGAGGGGGGACGACGGCGGCAAUACUCAAGGGCAUGGAGCAGGCCAUCGCCGACAUUGCCAGGAAGGAUCGACACAACCAUGCCGUCAUCAACAUGUCGAUCGGGAUGCCAUGCUCCACUGCCAUAAAUACCGUCAUUGACAGGGCGUAUUCUCGCCGUGAUGACAGCCAAAGAAACCCGGCCGGCAUUCUCUUCAUUGUUUGCUCCGGCAACGAAGCCAUCAAUGCCAGGGAUUGCUCGCCAGCCUCAGCCCGUCAGGCCAUAACCGUUGGGGCAGUCAAUCCUAAGUGGAACGUCGUGAGCUGGUCCAACUUUGGAAGCACUGUCGAUAUUCUAGCUCCCGGGAUCGAUAUCGUUUCGCUUUCGAAUAAGAGCGACACUGAAACCGCAACCAAGUCGGGUACUUCAAUGGCCACACCCCAUGUCGCCGCCUUGGCUUUGAACGCAAUGGCCGUCUUCUCCAAGAUCAGCACUCAAGUCCGUUGGUUCCUGGCGGAAGAGACUGCCACCAAGGAUAAGAUUCAGGGGGACCUUGGUGGUGCACCUAAUCGACUCGUCAACAACAACAACAGCAAGCAGGACAGUUGCAAGCCCAAGGAGCCCAAGAACGAGAAGGAGGACGAUGAGUGUUAG